AUGAGGAUUUUUUCUUUGUUGGCUGUGGCCUUGGUCCGCAGUGUCGCUGAAUUUACUUUGGGUGCAUUGACGGCUGCUUCCAUAUAUCCAGAUGGCUUUGUAGCAAUCAUCGCUGCCCAUUUUGACUUCCGGAAGCACUUCGAGCCGGAUCUGCGAGCCAGGCUUGGUGAGCCGAUCAUUGCACUAACUGGUGGACUUCAUCAAAACAUGCCCACUGUAAAGCUACGGCACAAAGACACCCAAAUGAUCACUGCCGUUGGUGUGUCCAAUGCAUUGGAGUUGAUUUUGGGCCUGGAUAACGAGCCAUCGGUGACAGGCUUGAUCGGUGCGACGAUCUCCGGCGUCACACUGCCAGUAGGGACCAUUUCUUCUGCGCGGAAGGUUCCGCAGAUCUCCCCUUCAGCGACAGCUUCACCGCUCUCCAACAAGGAGACCUUUCCCUAUUUCCUGCGAACUCUUCCAGCAGACACUGGGCAAGCCUCGGCCUUGUGGCAUUGGAUCCUGGAAUUUCAGGUGCCAUCUGCGACCUGUGUGUAUACUACUGAUACCUAUGGCUCGGAACUCUAUGAAGCAACCAAGGAGCUCGCGCGGCAGUCUGGCGAGUCGGAACGCAUUCAAGGUCAAGCUCUCCGACAAAUGCAGCAGAGCUUCGUGGUUGACGAGGCCCGUCUCGUAGCUCGAAACUUGGCUUUGCCGGAGAACUCUCCACAUCUUUCCAAUUCUUUCCAGUUUUUGAGCCAGCUUGGCCAGUUUGGCCGGGCCUUCUCGGCCAAGAAUGUCGCGCUCAAUCGAUUUGUGACGAAGCCAGGAACUGUCAAGCAGAUUGGAUCUCGAUUCAUUCUUCUUUAUACCUUCACCAGCACGCUCAAGAAAUUUCUGCCUAUAUUGGAUGAGGAGGGCAUGCUGGGGCCUGACUGGCAGUAUUUCGCUUCUGACUCUUCGGUUUCAAUCGGCUUACUUGAGCUACUGCCAGCUGGUUGCUUUCUGAUCAGUUUCGUGAACAAAGGGCCUUUGUAUCCCAAAUUUCAGGAGCUCUUGUCCAAGAUGGACUUGGAUGAUUGGAUAGGUCCUAACUCGACAGAGCGAUAUAAACUGGAAGCCAACUUGAUUGAUGCGGUGCAUCUCAAUGCGUCAAUGCAACAUAUCACGACAGAUCCAUACGCCUCCUUCGCUUUUGAUGCCACGUAUACCUUUCUGGUCGCAGCCAACAAUCUAAUGCACCAGGGUCUCAAUGAAUCUGAGAUCUACGGCGAAGUUCUCCUCGAGGAGUUGCGACGAACUCAAUUCUUUGGAGUGUCAGGAGAAGUGAGUUUUGACGAGAAUGGAGAUCGUGCCGCCUCCUAUGAAAUCUUGAAUGUGGUCAGUGGGGCAGAGGACCCGAAGACUGUGGCCAUCUUCAGCGUGUCGACAAAGCAAUUCACCUUCUUGGACAACCUGACUUGGAUGGACGGCAGCGUUGGAAACUUCCUACCCCGACAUCUGGUGUCCUGUGACCCGGGCUUCUACAAGGAGGAAAAAUUCAGCCCCUGCAAACCCUGCCCCAAAGGCACCCGAUGCGCCGGAGGAGAAGAUUCCUUCAGAAAUUGUCCCAGAGGGUCUUUCUCCAAUGCUACUGGCAGCGUGAACUGCACUUUGUGCCCGGAAGGUUCUUUUGCAGCAGAUGUGGGCUCUGUAGCAUGUAGCCUAUGCACUUCGGGUUUUGUCGCCAAUGAUACAGGCCUGGAGUCGUGUAGUCCAUGUAGCAGAGGAAACUACAUGCCUUUCUCUGGUGGGACCAACUGCUUGGAAUGUGGCUUGAAUCGAAUCACAGAAGCACCUGGUGCCACAUCCGAGUCGCAGUGCCGCUGUGAUGAAGGUCUCUUCUUCUGUGCUCCAGAGCUGGGGACAGUUGGCGCACGUGGCUGCAAAGCAUGUCCCAGUGGUUUGCAUUGCCCAGGGGGGCUAGGCACACCCAUGCAAGAGGCAGGUCGCUGGACAUAUCCCAUGCAGGGAACCGCGUGUGACUUUGCAGUGCUUAGCUGUCGCAAUGAUAACCAAUGCCCUCAAGGGGCCUUGGGUGUUUGUGCAGAAGGCCGGGAAGGAAAGGCAUGCAACAACUGCAAAGAGGGCUAUUUCCCCCUUGAGAAUGGCACUUGCCAAAAAUGCCAAGAAGCUGACUUGCUACCAGCAAUCGCCAUCUUUAUUCUGAUUCCCAUGGCGAUAAUCCUCCUUAGUUGCUUCAACAUGGAUCCGAACCAACAAAGCUCCUUGGCGGAAUACACUCGUGCCAUUUGGUGUUUGAAUCUGUUGACUGCAGCGGCAGUGACGAGUCAAAUCAUAAUGAGCGUGCAAGCCUUAGGCUCAAUUCGCCAGCUUUCGAUUGAAUGGCCAGUCCCAGUGAAGAGCCUCAUUGACUUGACCAGGCUUUUGACCUUCAACCUCGACAUCAUCAAAGUUGGGUGCGUUUAUGGGAAUGACAGUCCUAUCUUGAAGUUCACGAGCCAAAUACUGAUAUGUCCAGUCGGAUGUUGCCUCAUUUGUCUUGGCUGGCUGAUCCAACAAAUUGAUCGACGCUCUAAAAUGUCCUGGACGGAGUCAUCAAUCUCUGCGGACUGCUGUUUUUUGCACUCUUUUUAUCCAUUACCCUCAGCACGAUGA